AUGGAUAUUGAAUCAGGGAAAAUUGAUUCACAGAGCAACAAUGGCAGAUUUUUAGAAAGUGGGUUUGAAUGGUUUAAGGGUUUCAUUGGGAAGCUCAUACAAAGUGGAACCAAAUUUGAGGGUAAAGUAGAAAAAUUGGGGAGAGACGAUCCAAGAAGACUAAUUCACUCCUUGAAAGUUGGAAUAACCCUAGCAUUGGUCGCUAUUCUCUUCUAUUUUAGUCCCAUUUAUGGUGGAUUCAAGUCUGCAACAAUGUGUGCAAUCUUAACAGUGGUUGUCGUUUUUGAGUUUAGUGUUGGUGCCACUUUGGGUAAAGGAAUGAACAGGGCAAUCGCAACAUUUGCAGGUGCUGGUUUAGGGGUUGCUAUUCAUCACCUAGCAGACCUAGCCGGAAAGGGAGGAGAACCCAUUCUUCUCGGUUCUUUUGUAUUCUUAUUGGCCGCUGUCGGGUCCUUUUCUAGGUUUUUUCCCGGUAUCAAAGCAAGAUAUGAUUACGGAGUUUUAACUUUCAUAUUAACAUUCAGUUUAGUUUCUGUAUCGGGUUACAGGAUUGAUGAAAUCUUUGAAUUGGUUCUUCACAGAUUCUCCACUGUUUUGAUCGGUUGUCUUAUAUGUGUGAUGAUCUCAGUCUUUGUUUAUCCUGUAUGGGCUGGAGAAGAUUUGCAUAAUCAAACUUGUCUCAACAUGGAAAAACUUGGGGAUUUAUUAGAAGCAAUUGGAAGAGAUGUCUAG